AUGGCUGGCGGCUCAACACUGCGGGGGCUAUAUGCCCUCCUGGUUGCGCUGAGCUUACUGAGUGCGCUUUGUGCGGCGGAUGCAGUGAGUGAUUUGCAGGCCAAGGGGAGGGCUGCUGUAGAUGCGGAAGUUGCGAAGGGAGAUAUCACUGCCGCAGAGAAGAAGGCAUACAUUGCCGCAGUCUUGUGCAUCACCAAGGCACCCUCUAAACUGCCCGCCGCAUCGUACCCGGGAGCGAAGUCUCGGUACGAUGACUUUGUCGCCAUCCACAUGAAGAACACGAUGUCCAUACACGGCACCGGAAAUUUCCUCUCGUGGCACCGAUAUUUUACGUUCGCAUACGAGCAGGCUCUCCGAACAGAAUGCGGAUAUAAUGGCACUCAGCCUUACUGGGACUGGGGCAGAUGGGCAUCCAGCCCCGAAACGUCGCCCAUCUUCGACGGCAGCGAGACCAGCAUGAGCGGCCAGGGAGAGAAAGUAACCCACAAUAGCAACGGCAUGAAGCCCGCCGGCAACGGUGGCGGUUGCAUUGCCAGCGGGCCUUUCAAAGACAUGAAGUCGUAUAUGCUUACUAUAUACAGCCCCAUGGCCGCCCUUGGCGAUACAUCGCCACCCAAAAACCCCCGUAGCGACGGCUACGGCUACAACCCGCGCUGCAUCAAGCGGGACAUCUCGGGCUAUCUCACACAGCGCGACGCGACGACCGCGAAGAUCGCAGCCUUGAUCAGCGGCCAGAGCACCAUCGGGAACUUCCAGAACCAGAUGCAGUCCGGCACCGGCGUGCAUCCCGCUGGCCACUUCACCAUCUCUGGUGACCCAGGUUCAGACUUCUACGUCUCCCCCGGCGACCCCGCCUUCUGGCUGCACCACGGCAUGGUCGACCGCGUGUGGUACAUCUGGCAGACACAGGACUUCUCCAAGCGACAGCAAGUCAUUGCGGGCGGUACGAGCAUGAUGGGUGGCGGGAAAGCAGCAACCCUGAACGAUGGCGUGGACCUCGAGGUGCUUAAUGUCGAUGGGAAGAAGUACGCCAUUAAGGACCUUGUUAGCACGGUUGCAGGCCCGUUUUGCUACGUCUACGAGUAG